GCGACUGCCGCGGGUGCCCGAGUUGUUUGCGGGAGCCGAGCUGCGAGACGCUCGGAGGGAGCCGGGCCGGCCUGGGAGGCCCAGAGAGCGCGCACCCCGGAUCACGCCCGGCACCUGCGAGCGGAGCGUGGUCGGGAAGCGCACCAUGGACCCGAAAGCGGGCGGCGGCGGCGAGGAGGACGACUGCGCGGACUCCGGCGCCGAAACCGGAGGGUCUGACUACAGCCACCUGUCCUCCACCAGCAGUGAGCUUUCGGCGGAAGAGGCGCAGGACCCUUUUCUGGUCAGCAUCCACAUUAUCGCGGACCCAGGGGAGUCACAGCCCCUGCAGGAGGCUAUCGACAAGGUGCUGGCGUGGAUCCACCCGGACCUGCCGCUGUUUCGGGUGUCAGAGCGGCGGGCACGCAGGCGGCGGCGGAAGUCUCCGAAGGGCGCACAGCCGGCGCUGGCCGUGGUGCUGUUCCUACAGGAGGAGUAUGGCGAGGAGCAGAUCCUACAGCUGCACCGCACGCUGCAGCGACCACCCUGGCGCCACCACCACACAGAGCGUGUGCACGGCCGGUUUUUGCCCUACCUGCCGUGCAGCCAGGACUUCUUCACACUGGCGCCAGGGACCCCACUCUGGGCCAUCCGGCCGGUGCACUACGGCAAGGAAAUCGUACGCUUCACCAUCUACUGCCGCCACGACAGCUAUGCCGACAGCCUGCGCUUCUAUGAGCUGAUUCUUCGCCGGAGCCCCAGCCAGAGGAAAACUGACUUCUGCAUCUUCCCCGUCUUCUCCAACCUGGACGUGGACAUCCAGUUCUCCUUGAAGAGGCUGCCCUGUGACCAGAGUCCCAUCCCCACUGAUUCUUCCUUGCUGGAGUUCCGAGUGAAGGACAUGGGUGAACUGGUGCCCCUGCUGCCCAACCCUUGUAGUCCCAUCAGUGAGGGGCGCUGGCAAACGGAGGACCAUGAUGGAAACAAGAUCUUGCUGCAGGUACCAAGGGCACACAGGAAGUCUUCCAAACCUGGCCAAGUGCACAACUCUGACAAGACGACUCGUUCCAGUCCUUUGCCAAGUGCCACUUCCCAAAGUCAUGGCAGCAUCCUGCAGGCCCCAAUUGACAGUCCGCUCCCGGGGCCCAGCUGGAUGCACCUGCCUCCCCAACGCCAACAGGAACUUGCCAACCCAGCCAGCAGCCCCCAAGGCCCUCCCUGGUGCUUCCAGAGAAGCAAAUCAUUGUUCUGUUUGCCCACAGAUGGCCCCUCACCAGCCUCCUCCUCUGAACCACAGUGGCUUUCCAGUAAAGGGCCCAGGGCAUCAGAGCGGAGGCAUAGCCAACCUUUCUCCAUCGACGACUUGGAGGGGGCCCAGGAAACAGAUGUAGACACAGGCCUACGGCUGUCCUCCUCAGACCUGUCUGUGGUCUCCGCGUAUUCUGCACCCAGUCGGUUCUGCAACACGGCAGAGAUGCCAGUCCCCUCUGAAAGCUGCAGCAGCCACUGGCCAAGGCAUGAGGAGUCCAGGGAGGGACUACUCCAUGCUGUCAGCAAGGCCACCACGGGGGUUUCCUGGGUCUCUGUCCCUUUCUUUAGCACAGGUUCUUCCAGCUCCUCAGUGACAGCUGGUGCUGCUGCCCCAGAUGCAAGCACUUCCUCACUUCCCAGGUCACCCCCAGAACACCCCUGUGAUGCUCCCCAACUCACACAGACUGGCAGAACCAUGCCACCUCUCCCAGUGUUGGCUGAUCCUGGGGAAAACGACGUGGAAGAAUUCUACAUCUGAACGCCUCCAUUGUGGUUUUCCAGACACAUCAGUGUCCUCAGCCCCACACCCCAGGUCUGUCUGGAAUCUAAUUAUCUCCUGCCUGGGAACCAUAAGCACAUUUGCCAUGCCCUCC